GAGUGACAACAUUUGACCUCAGCCAGGCUGGUCGACUGUCGGUUCCUAUGUUAUCGGCCGCGUAUGGUAACAUCUGCGGUGUCCUAGCGGCCAGCUUCAAUAAUAAAUGAGGACGCCAUUUACCUGUUUGCCUCCCAGGAAAAUAAAACGCUAGAAUUGAAAGCCCAGGGCCGCACAGGAAAAAACUCCUCGCAUUUUCGUCGUCGUUUCCCUCUUCCCCACCGUCUUUCCUUGCCGCAAUCUCGUACUUUCUGAAACUAGAAGCAUAAAAUUUUCCGCGAAUCCUUCUAGUUCCGAUUUCAGGAUGGAAUGGUCUGCAAAAUCUGCCACAACGGCUUACCUUGAUACACUCAAACUAUGUAAUGAUCACAAGAAGGAUCAUGAUCCAUGUGAAACACAAGAACCCGAGAGCAAUGAAUUCAUAUCGGCCUUAGCAGCUGGAAUGAGCGCAAAACUAAUUGUGGAGGUCACAUCUGGAGUGUCAUCAUCAACAAUAGCCUUGGCAGCUGCAGCUCGACAAACGGGAGGUCGGCUUGUGUGUAUUCUCCCUGAAACGACCCUCGCCGAAUCAAAACAAGUGAUUAAAGACUCUGGUCUUAAAGAUAUGGUGGAAUUCAGUACUGAAGACCCCAUAGAUGCGUUGCCUAAUUUUGAAAAUAUUGAUUUCUCUCUCGUUGAUUGCAAGACCGAUAAUUACACGAGAUUGCUGAGAUUACUGGAUGUCAAUCCUAAGAGUUCAGUGGUGGUGGCAAACAACUUGGUGGGGGAGGGAAAGGGUUUGGGAGGCCAUGUGAGAGGAAUGAAGGACAGGGUUGCAGUGAGGUCUCUGAAGCGACCUAUAGGAAAAGGCAUGGAGAUUACAGUAAUAGGGAAAAGUGAUAAGUUGGAGAAGAGAAACUGGGUGGGUCAUUCUAGAGCGGAGAGAAAGGGUGAGGCAGUGAAGACUGGCAAGAGCAAAUGGGUUGUUAAAAUAGAUGAAGAAAGCGGUGAGGAACAUAUCUUCAGGUUGCCUAAGCAUUUCUAGGAACUGUUCUGAGCACAGAUACACAGCAUUCUGAAAAUUUUGCCAAUCCAUUUAAAGUCGCCUUUCUUCUGUGGUUCCAAAUGUGAAUGACAGCACAGGAUGCUUGUGAACGCCAGAGAGGAUCUCAUACUGCAUGGUGAAAGGCCUACAUGCAGUGUUUCUCUCAUACUACAUACUUGGGGUUCCACCUGUGACAAAUUGCAGUUCCCAUAUUGCUGUUUGGAGCUUCAGUAAUUCCAUCGAGAAAGCUGUCACAUUUGAUUCUUCAUAAAAGUUCUGCUGUCCAUAUGGUGAUCGACAGCAAGGUGGACCUUUGGGAGAGUAGCCACUUGGAAAUUAUACUAUGCAGCCACUUGGAAAUUAUACUAUGCUUGUUGCCUGAAUCCGGUUUGGCUCAAUGUUACCGUUGCACGCAAAUGUCAUAUAAAUUUCCUCCGGGUAGAUGGGGGAGAUCUAGUUUAAUGUCACUUAUGCUUUGGCCUCACAUAGAUGGUUUAAUGGCAUGAUUUUCGUUGUGUGAACUGAGACAUUAUUUGAUUAAUCUAUGCUGUUUUAUUUUA